UUAAAAUUGUGAUAAAAUAAAUUGUUUGGUAACUUUGAUAACCAACAAUUUAGACAGUAGGUACUCGGUUUAUUUUAUUUUUAUCUAUAAAUAUUUAUAAAAAAUUGGUUCAAAAGCUUUAAAAUGUAAUACAGGUUAUAAGUUAUCAAUAGUAAUACAAGAAUUUAAAAAAAAAAAAUGCUUAAAUUCCACUAUCACUGAUAAUUUUAGGACAAUAGGUAUGCAAAUGCAAUUGGUUUUUUACGAAAAUUUAACAUUUCAACCUACCUAUUAUUACUAAUAGGAAUAUUAAUAUAAUAUAAAACGGCCCACGCUCAGAAUUGUUUUAUGUAUACCAGUGGUUGGCAACCUUUUUGGACUCCGUUUUGCAGGCUGUGUCUGAUAAAAAUUAAAAUCUUUUAAAAAAUAAUGGCUGUAUGGUAUAGUCGUACAAGAUCCUGGUUGUUGACCACUUUUGUACACAAUUUAACACACCAACAACACCACUUGACAGUUGACACCCACUGUACAACAGAGCGUUACCCACUGAUCGACCUUUAAAAUAGACAUUGAUUUUGACUGUCUUAAUUUCCUGUUGGUAUACCUAAUUUGAUGUUGAUUUACCUUUAACCACUACUUUGACUGUUAGGUUAAGUUAUGCUAAUCUGGCCUGUAUAAACAAAGUAUUGUAUUGUUCAACUAGGUAGUUGUUUAUGUAAGUAGGUACUUGUUGAAAAUUUAAUUAGAAUUUAACUAACACAAAAUUAAUAUUUUUAGAAGUGUAGAUGAACAUUUUACUGGGGUAGCUGUAGUAUAGCAGUAGUGACUAGUGAAAGACUAUGAAAGGUGGGAAGAUUUAAAGAAGAAUAUUUCAAUAAACCCACAUGGUAACCGAGUGCGAUUUGUUCCCAUUAUUCCUAACAACAGUAAUCAACGUAUUAAUGUAUUCCAACAGACUUCAUCCAAAAGUCUGUUGUUUAAACCUUUUAAACCAAAUCAUAUAAACAAUUGUCCCAGCAAAGAAAAUGUUAACUUGGCGCAACAUAAAAAUAAUGACAAGAAAUAUAACAAUUUUGCACCAGUUACGCAUAUGGAAACUCCUCUUCAACCAUCUAGAUUUAAUGUGAAUAACCCCGUGAAUAACCAAAAGUUUGUUGGUCUAAAAUUUUCCCAGAAACAGCAAGAAGUAAAAAAGCCUUAUACAUCAAAUUCUGUUGUAGAAAAUUGUAAUAUGAAUGAAUUAGAAAAUAGCUUACCUAGAUUACCAUUGCACACUGUUUGGACUAAUGACAACAGUUCAAAAGAUUUUGGAUGUACUUUACCAACAAAAAUGCACACAUUUAAAAAACCAUUUUCGUCAAAUUUAAAUUAUUUAUCCACUACUAAACAGAGUACAAACUAUAUGUUAAAUUCAAAAUUCCAAAAACAAUCUCAAGUAAUACCAAACCCGAUGAGCAAGAUUAACAGUUCAAGGUACUUUAAAUCGUCAUAUCCCUUAUCCGCAUCUUUAGGACAAAAAUUACAUCCCAUAGCCGAGAACACGAACACAUCAUAUUUUACUAUGGAUAAUGAAAAACCAUCUCCUGUCACCGGUCAAAACACCAACGCAUUAGAACAGUACUCAGGUUGUAUUAACCAACCUUUUAACAUGGAUAAUAUUUGGAAAGAUUAUCAGUGUCAACCAGCAAGAAUGUGAUAGAUAUCUAGGUACUUAAAUUACAUAAAUAAUAUCCCACAUUCUUGUUGACAAAUCGUUAUCCUUUUCUGAAAUUAGUUUAAAAUAAUGUCAAUACCAUAAUACAUAUAACCCUUCAUUCUAAGAUAUGAUUAAAAAAAAUAAUGAUUUUAUAAGCUUAGAUGUGUAACAUAAAUAUUCCAUUAGUAUUUAGACAAUAAAAUAUUAUUUGUCUGUGAUAUCUUGAGACACAUAUUAAUGACAUUUUGAAAAAUAAUUUUAUUUUAUAUACCAUAGAUUAAUUUUAGAAAAUUGAAAUACAGUGCAAAAAUAUAAAAUAAUAUAAUUUUUAACAAUCAUUGAAUACAUUAUACAGAAAUUAUUAACAUAUAAAAUAUUUGUAAAAACCAUUAAUCUAUAGAACAUUCCAACAAAUGGUU